CUGGAAGAAUGUCUCCGUUCUUUUGCGCCAUUUUCUUGCUCGACCUCUCAUCGCUGGCCAUAUGCACCGGAGCCGAUAACUUCAGUCAAAUCUUCGAGUGGAAUGAAUUGGAUUACGUGUGGCCCUCCGAGGCAAACAGGACAGAAGUCUUGCAAAAUAGAACUUUCAUACCAGACAAUGUUGAACCUCGAUACAUGGCUGUCUACGGAACAAGGAUCUUCCUCAGCCUAUUUAAAUAUAAUAACAUUCCUGUCACUCUGGUUGUCUUGCCGACGAGCAGCGCGUCCUCUGCAGCCCCGAAGCUCACUCCAUUCCCUUCGUGGGACAUGAAUGGGAAUGGAGACUGCAACAAAAUUGAAGUUGCAAAAGGGCUGCAAGUGGAUUCCGUUGGAAGACUGUGGGUGUUGGACAGUGGUAGCGACAAAUGCAAUGACAAAAUAUGGACCAUCGAUUUAAUCAACAACGAUCAAACCAAACUAAUUCAUCGAUUUUCUUUUCGCUAUUUUAUGCACGACUUGGUGCUGGAUGAAACGCCACACGGAACCUUCGCCUACAUCUUGCAUAAGCGUGAUGUCAACAUUGUCGUGUUUAGUCUGGAAAGAAACCAGUCUUGGACAGUGGACACGCCAGGAAUCGUGUUUUAUUCCAUUGCACUGUCCCCUAAGGAGGAACCAAGACAUCUUUACCUUGGCGAUUGGCGCUCGAAAGAGCUGUAUUCAAUUCGUUCCACUGCCACACUCCGCAACGGAACUAGAACUGCUAAUCCGGAACUAAUCGGAAAAUGGACUGCACUGCCAUGCAGAAUUCUGGUGGACAACAACGGGAAUAUGUUAGCUGCCUUUUUUAGGGCGAAUUACGUACACUACUGGAACACAUCCCAGCCAUUUGAGGAGCAGCCUUUUUAUGAGGACACUGGUCUGGAAUCCUCUUGCCCCUUUACUUUUGCCCUGGACCAAAAUGGAACCCUUUGGAUGAUUUCGUUAAACUACAAAGGAAAGCCAAGAUACAGGCUUUUGAAGGCUGCAGUCGGAGCCAAAUCUCUCAAAGCCUCGCCAGAACUAUCCGUCAUUCUGAUCUGCUCCAUCGUGUUCUGCGUAAUCCUGCCGAGUCUGGUCAUUCUUUGGCUCAUCCUGAGACACAGGAGGAACAAUAAUUCCCUUCCAUCAAACACCAACGAGACCCAGGAAAUGUCCGUCUUUCCCAACGAGCCACCCGAGUACCACGAAGUCCAAUAUGGAGAUUCGGGAGGCGCCGCCGAGUACGAAAACGUCGGCGCCGAGGAAGGACUGUACGAUGAAGUCAAAUACGACCAGGUUGGUGCCACGCCCCCUUCUCCUGGUCUCUACGAGCAGCCGAUAUGUCUCAGCCCGCGAUCGGCGAGAAGAGUGAAAGCGAUGCCUGAGAGGCCGCGGACUUUCGAGAAUUUUGGAGAGGCGCCUCUUGCUCCAGUCGAAAACGACGACGUCGGCCCUCCUGAACCGGAACCUCUCUACGAUGAAGUUGCACCGGAUUACUCCACACCACGUUUCGAUGACACUUCUUCUGAAUCGGCGCAGUACCUGAAAAUCCUGCCAUGAGCACCAACUGAUGGCAUUUUUAUAAGAUAAGAUAUAAUAUCCUCUUCAACAUGUGUUUUGUAAUUAUUUUAGGGGAAAAACUUGUUUUAAAUAUAAUUAUU